UCUGAUGGUAUUUUAUCAUACGAAGUUACUAACACGACUACUCUUGUGUCGGCUGCUAUUGCGUAAUCACGUGUCAUAUCUCAAUAAUCUGCAAGAAUCAAACAGUGUAAUUAUGAAGCAAAAUAUGUCUUUUUUUUUUCUAUUUAUCAAUGUGAACCAACAUUUCCACGAAAGAUAACAAGAAAUUCAUAGUCACUGUCGUAUUAUAAAACCUUUCAAGUCUUCUACGUCCGUUGACUAUCACGGAGAGGUAGUUAAAUAGUUGGGCAUUCUUCAACAAUCAAUGAAAGUUUAAACAUCGACGAAAAUGUUGCGACAUUUGACAUGUGAAAGAGCACACACGAGUUUCUUCAAGCAGUGCUCAGCGGUUCAGUUCAUAAAUCCAUUCAGAAAGCAGAGUUCAGAUAUCAAAGACAAGGAUGAAGAUAAAGAUAAAUAUAAAAAUUUUCAAUAUAAUACUUCUCCAAGUCAGAGAAUGUUGAAGAGUCUAAAACAAGACUGGUCAUUACUAAAGAAAAUAUUGUCACGUAACAAACAAUUAUCAGAUUUUGAAACUUUUUUUAAAAGACCUGACAUCAUCCCUCAUCAAUGUGAUAUACUCAUUAUUGGUGGUGGUGCAAUAGGUAGUUCAAUAGCAUAUUGGUUAAAGAAGAUGCUGCAUAGAAAAGAAUUUACUGUUAGUAUAGUUGAAAGGGAUCCUACGUAUUCUAAGGCUUCUACAAGUCUCUCUGUAGGUGGUCUACGCCAACAAUUCUCUCUCCAAGAAAAUAUUCAGAUGUCACUGUAUGGAGCAGAAUUUCUGCGCAAUAUUAAUGAAUAUCUGAAUACACCUUAUGAAGAUCCCAUUGACGUGAACUUUCAUCCUUAUGGCUAUUUAGUAUUGGCAACUGAGAAAAAUGCUGAGGUCUUAGUAAACAAUUCCAAGUUACAGAAUUCUCUAGGAGCCAAAAAUGUAAUUCUUACUCAGGAGAAAUUGAAGACCAUGUUUCCUUGGUUGAAUACCAACGGGGUUGCGGCAGGUUGUCUCGGUUUGGAAAAGGAAGGAUGGUUUGACCCAUGGACUUUUUUAUGUGCCUUGAAGAAUAAAGCUAUUUAUUUGGGUGCUCAGUAUAUUAACGCUGAAGUGAAGGCUUUCCAAUCUGAGGAAAUUUCAGAAGCUUAUGACAGUAAUAUGGAUACCAUAGAAAGAUUAAAGAAAGUGAUUAUAAAAACGAAUGAUGGUGACAUUAGGGAAAUAGAAUUUAGCGUAUGUGUCAUUGCUGCGGGUGCGUUUAGUGGCGAGAUAGCAGAGUUAGCCAAUAUUGGAACUGGUAAAGGAAUAAUGUCUGUACCUUUACCAGUGGUGCCAAAGAAAAGAUACGUAUAUUGUUUCCAUAGUCCUGACGGACCUGGUUUAAAUACACCUUUAACAAUUGAUACCAGCGGUGCAUAUUUUAGGCGAGAUGGUCUAGCAGGUCAUUUUAUUGGCGGUAAAUCACCAGAAUCGCACGAGGAACCGCCAGUAAAUAAUUUAGAUGUCGACCAUGAAUAUUUCGACAACAAAGUAUGGCCAGCACUCGCCCACAGAGUACCAGCAUUCGAAAACUUGAAGGUGAAAUCUGCGUGGGCUGGAUACUAUGAAUACAAUACUUUCGACGAAAACGGUAUUGUCGGCCAACAUCCUUAUCACAAGAACCUGUUAAUAGCGACUGGUUUUAGCGGGCAUGGCAUUCAGAAAGCACCGGCGGUAGGACGCGCAAUAGCAGAAUUAAUUUUUUACGGUCGUUAUGUCAGUAUAGAUUUGUCCACAUUAGGUUUCCAGAGAUUCUUAACAAUGGAACCUAUGAGAGAACUUAAUGUGUUUUGAGCAUUAAAGUAUAAAGAAGUAAUGUAAUGUAUUGUUUUCGUAUACGAUUGUAUUAUUCAUCAUUGUACAUUUAUAAAAAAGACGGUUGAACUCGAAAA